AACCUAUUUAUGGCACUUGCCUUUAAGUCAGAAUUGCUAAAGAAAAAGCUUUUUCAGUAAUAUAAAAACGCCACAGCUCACCAGCAGUGACUUCCCCUCAGGUUAGCUUGACCUCACAAGAGCAUAUAACAACAGAGGCGCAGAAAACGUCAGCUGUCGAAAGUGCAAGUAGACAAUUAUAACUUUAGGAAAGUGUGCUCAGUUAUGAAAAAAGAAAAACCCAACAGAACAAGUGUUAAUUAAAAGAUGGCAGGUGGGGAAAUAACAAAACGCAAUUUUUCAAAAUGCAAUCUUGCAUCUAAAACUAUCAGAAAUUCACCCCUCCCCCACCCCCACCCCCAACACACACACACAGAACCGACACUUCCUGUUGAGCAGCUGAACUGAGGGUGAAAUUUUUACUUCCAGAACAUAUGUUUAGGUGUAGGAAAAAUGCUGGAAGCUUUGAUGACAAUUUUCUUUGUCUGUGCAUUUUUUGUGCUUUGUGCAAAUCCACGUCGUUUUAUGCUUAAUUUCCAUAUUCUCAUACGCAAAAUACAUAGAUUAUAUUUGGUUUCUGAAUUUUGCUCAGAAGCAUCUUUAUGUCGUGUUUAUAUUACCCAUCAUUACGCAUUACCGGCGGCUUAUCAUAAAUACACAAAUUUGACAUCACUGAUAUCUCCGUAGUUUUUAAAAAGGUCACUGGCAUUGACGUCAUUUCAUCUUAAAAGUAGGGCGGCCCGGUGGCGCAACGGUUAGCUCAUGUCACCAGUACAGUGAGGGCUGGCUGUCCUGGGUUCAGUUGUCGACUCGGGCACGCUGCAUGGGACAUCUGUUUGCCGUGAUAUAGCCUUAGUUGCUAGCGCCACCGCCACUCACCUCAGGACUCGAGGAGGAAUGGAUCGAAGGAAGAUCAGAAGCACAGACACGAUGAACCUGAAACAAUAUCCCAUGCGUCAUCGAAAAUCAUGAAAGUCGGGCACAGGACAUGGCACACUUACGUAUGACAACCCGGCAUGGAGUGCGUUUUCUAUGUAAUGUGAAGAAUGAAGAUCGAUUCUUUCACAUUAGAUGCAUACGUUCGUUGUCAACCCAAAACUUUGAAUUAUCUCCCUCAGGGCAGAAACCAUGUCGGGAACAACCUUGUCGAUUUUUGUUUUCUUUACCCAAGAAAUUCAACCCCCUUGCACAAGGUGGCAAACGAAAGGAAUACUCCGAACGUCGAAUCCUGGGGUAUUCAAUGGAGCAGAUGUAUGAUGUUGUGGCUGAAGUUGACCAUUAUAAAGAAUUUGUGCCUUGGUGCACCAGCUCCAAUGUAUUCAGUAAGCGACCAGGUCAUUGCAAGGCCACCAUAGAGGUUGGUUUUCCUCCUUUGGUUGAGCGGUACACCUCCAGCAUCACACUUGCUCGUCCACGACUUGUUCAAUCUGAGUGUACAGAGGGACGACUGUUCACACAUCUUCUGACCACUUGGCGCUUUAGUCCGGGUCUACCAGACAAUCCUAAUACCUGUACUUUGGAUUUUUCGGUUUCUUUUGAGUUCAGAUCUGCUCUGCACUCACAAUUGUCCAAGAUUUUCUUUGAUGAAGUGGUCAAGACUAUGGUGAACGCUUUUUUAAAACGUGCUAAUUAUCUUCAUGGGCCAGAAUCUAUUAAGACUCAAAAACCCAAAAUCAUUGUGUACAACUCUUGAUGAUACCCAUAACUUAGCAUAAAAAGGCAGAUUUUAUUUUUCCUUUGUCUGGAGUGUUGAAAAAAAUGUUCUUGUUGGGAGUGAAAGUGGUUUUAGGUGAGGGAUGACAACAGAAUGCAUGAUACUAGGCACAUUUGUAAUGUACAGAAUCUGCAUAGUUGAGCUGUGAUAAGUGGAAAGGGUGAUUGUUUCCAAGUUUUUCUGAUUGUUUGAAACCAUGAUGAUAAGUCUUGAUCAUCAAGAAAGUCCAGCCUGAGGUAGCAGGUCUGUAUACUCUCAGGUGCUCACUCCCAUAGCUUAUUUGUGGCACUUAUUUCAAGCUUUUACUUGAGUUUUAAUAACAGAGUAUUGUAAUGUUAGCUAGGUUUUGCUUAAUUUUUUCUACUAACUGUUCUUUUGAUAUAUGUUGGCACACAGUUUCUGGAAUUAGGAAGUGCUUAAAUUGACUAGAGCCAAUAGGUUUCUACAAAAAUUCUGUAAAACCAUGCGUAAUUCACUUCCAGCUGGUAAGUGGAUUUUUGACAUUUGCUCAACUUACCAUUUUUAGUAUACCAUGGAGUAAAAUGUAGGAUUUAAGCUUAAAAGAUUUUAAAACCUUUUCUGUCACUGAUUUUGGCUUAUGCAACAGGCAUAGAUGUUAAUAUAUAUAAGUGAAAAUGUAUGUGUGCAUGAAUCUAUGGUAAUAGACAAAAAGUAAAUAUCAACACGCUUUCUCUUAUGCAGCAUCAGAAAAAAGAAGAUAUGUCAAACUUAACAGUCCACAAAAAAAAUUUAAUUGAUAAACCUGAUAAUAAAGUAUGUCAUGCAAGAGUCCAGUCUAAGCUGAGAAUAACAAUUUCUCAAUACCUUGUUCCUGAUGAUGGAGCAGCUCAUGCAUGUCUGUGUGUGUGGGAGAAAGAGAUAAGAGGAGAAUUCUGAGUGCAAUCCUAUUAAAAAUCUGGCAGCUUUGUUUGCUGGAGGCUCACAAAUUUUAAGGGAGAUCAUCUCAACUUAAGAAUAAGUAUGGAGUUGCUUACUUUGAUGUAAAGGAUAUUGUUCUCAAUAGCUUGCUAAUAAUCUGGAUGGAAAUCUAGUUCUUUAGCAAAUAGUUAUGUUUUCGAACUUAAUGGCUUUUAACUAAUAUCAGAAUAUACCAUGAUUUGUUAAAACUUUAUAAUUUUGUAGUAAGUUUUUGUAACUCAUGAGUCUCAGGACUUUGUUUUUGUUUUCCAGCACAUUUUUUUUUUUUAAUGUCUGUGUGUUUCUUUUCAACUGUUUCAAAAGGUUUCAGCAACCACAAAGCAAGGAAUAGUAACUUGGUCAUAAGAAAUACCCAUGACACGAAAGCAUUUUUAAAGCUUAUAAUUGAGAACUUAUUCUUGUUUGACCACCUUUUACCAUUAGGCUUCUGUCAGUAUCAGCUGUAAAAUGUUAAUGUUAAAUGAGAAAGAAUAACAUUUAUCAAGAUUUCUAUGGCUUAGCCAUAGGUCAAGUGAUUUGUUUAAAUUAAGAAAUACUGUUUAGUAAAGAAAUAGGGCUAGGGAUACGUGUGAUAUGAUUGUUCAUGGGAAAUGUGAAACAAACAUUUAUUUGAACUUUCAUAAUUUUAUGAAAUGAUCACUGGUAUUUGUUGCAUUGAUAAUUUGUCAGUAACUUGUUGCGUUUGUGCAACAGCUCACAAAAAGUGCAUGUUGGAUAACCGUGCGUUUAAUUUUUCUCUAUGUCAAAGAGAGCAAAAUACUAUUGUGAUCAAAGUUUUUUUUCAAGGUUUAUUUUGGUGAUUGUGAGUGAUGCAAGUCAGCAUGGUAUAUUUUCAUUUGUAAUUGCGUAUGUCAUGUCAAGGUUUACUUGAAAAAAAAGAUAAUUUUUUCUCAGUCUGUAUUUGAUAGAUGCUUCCAAUAUAAUCUAAAGUAAAUAUGCUAUGGGAGUGAACAAGAUGUUUUUAAAAGUAUAUUUCUUACUGCAAUUUUUAAAGCUUUUUGGGUAUUACAUGUUCGUUGUUCUGUAUGUGUGUUUGCGAGAGAGAAUGAGGGAGAAAAAUUGAGAGAUAUUGAUAUACAGUAGGGUGGAGAACCAGGAGUCCUUCAUGAAGAUGAGUGGAUUUUUUUUUUUAAUACUUGAGCAUAACUUGUACAUAAUCCUGGAAAUAUUUAUUUUUCUUCUUACCUAGAGACACCUCUACAUAGCUUCUUUAGUUUAAUUAGUUGGGGCAUCUAUAUAUAUGUAAAAUGAUGGUAGUAAUUUUUGCACAAUAGAGCAACUUCAACAUAUUUUUAGCAUUCAUGUGAUUUACUGUUUUUUUCUUGUGCCACCUCUCACCUCAAGAUUGCUUCUUGCUGUAGGUGCACUGACUUAUUAUACAGUAAAAUAGGAUCCAACAUGUUAAAGGUGCAACAUGGUUGUCACAUUUUUUAUGAAUCGCUAUUUUAACUAAACAACUGUUGACUGCAGAUAUUCAAAGUAGGAGUGCAUUUUCCUUAGAGUUAAUUAAGACUGAUUUUGAGCACUGCUUUGAUUAAAUGAUUGUACAAUCCUA